AUGGCAAUUGCCGAUAUCGGGGCAGGCACGGGGAUAUGGGCUGUCGAAUUAGCCGCUCAGCUGCCCCCCUCCGCUCAAGUUGUGGCGUAUGAUAUCACCGAUGCCCACUUCCCCACCCCAGAAUACUGGGCUUCCAAUGUCAAAUUCGACCAUCUCGACUCCCUCGGUGAUAUCCCGGAGUCUCUGUUCGGUCAAUUUGAUGUGGUUCAUUUACGCAUGUGGGCAUUUAUUAUUCGCGAUAAUGACCCUAGCCCGCUGAUCCAAAAUGUCGCCAAAAUGCUCAAGCCCGGUGGCUACCUCCAGUGGGAGGAUGCCCGGUUCGGAAGCAGUGUGGUCAGAGGCGAUGCCGCCCUCCAGAUUCGACAGAUGAUGGACCGCAUGGGUAGUGCCACAAAGCAUAACUUCCAUACAAGCCCGUGGUCGACUCAGCUGAUCCCACUCUGCAUGGACACCUUCUUGGCAGCUCUGGAGAAUAGCAGCGCCGCUUUGGACCGUUUGAAGCAAGUUGCGCCAUCCGCUCCUAGCUCGGAAGAGUUCAUGAAUGCCCUGGAGGCUUUGUACAAAGAGAUACGGAAGCCGGAUGGCAAUCAGCUCUACUGGCUUCCAGUCACGCUGCUAGCUAGGAAGAAUGAUUGA